AUUUAGUUUAUUGUGAAUAUAUCAAUACUUCUUACACUCUAAAACGAGGCAUACAGACCGGGUGCGAACAUUUGAAUACAGAAGGUGUACCGUUUGACGCUCGCUCAAUACCAAUGGAUACAAUGAUAGAAGAAUCAGGCCGCACUGACAAUAUGUUGUCAGGGACUGACGAUGAUAGUGCACAUAGGCAUAAUUUCACUGAGGCCAUUGAGGCACAAGACAUAAUUGAAAGUCUGGCGGCCAUACAGCAUUUAUUGAGUGUGGUUGAUUCAGACGUAGACGGAGAAGAAUCCCCACUUUUGAAAAAGGGUAUCCAGACAGAAGGAAGGGAUGAAAAGUUAAACUCGCAAGUGCUCUUAAAUGAAGCUAAAAUGAAGACACGAAGGUUCAUGACAAUUAUCGAUGGUUACUUAGAGAGCAGUCAUAUGCUCGACGGUCGGUUGGAAAGUAUCGCCACCUCACUCCUGCAGAUAGUGCUACGAUGUGGCAGUUGGCUUCACACUGCAAAAUGUAGUGAGCCUUUACACAAUAAGGACAUCGCUCACAUAAAUGAUAAUAGUGACAAUAAGGAGCAAAGAUCGUUCAGCUUGAAUGCAGGAAAUAUCCCAGGGAAACUCACAGGACAAAAUACUGGAAUCGUAACCAGAGUAUUUCUCAAUUAUAUAUUUCAGUGCCUCAAUGUGCUGAUUAAGGUUCGGGGCUAUAAGGUGGUAGUCAAUUUCUUCACACACGAUGUCGCAGACUUGCAAAUUGCCAUACGACUCCUGCGCGUUUAUGGCACGGAGGAGCAAACUCUAUUGUCUAUCGCUAUGUCGCUGGGUCAGGAAUGCUUGCUCACUACUCACAAGGGAAGCGAAGCCGCUGGCAUAAUGAUCUCUGCGUUUCUCACGAGAGCUGGAGCGCUCCCUAAAGAAAAAUCUGAUAUGAUGGUAUGGGUGGAGUCGUCUAUUCGAGGUAUCGUGAACGGUCCGACCCAAGCUAACAGUGCUCAUCAAGCCAUCUCCAUACUCCGUAUGCUGGCAGUGAUUUUGCGACUGGGUACUCGGGAGGAGGCUGUGCAGCAUUUCACGCCGACUGUAUUCGCUGUUACCGACCUCUGCAGGAGUUGCCCCGAGUUAAUGAGACAGCAUCUGGUGCACAAACUGCUAAUCAAAAUGGAAUGCCGGGCACAUCUGGCGCAUCUGAAGCCACGAGUGCGUAGUGGGAAGUUUGAAAACGGCAAUAGGCUACCAAUUUCUGAGGGCGCAUCAGAACAAGUAUCCGAACAAGGGGAGGACCAAGUUCCUGAACGAGUCGAAGACUUCAUCUCCACAACAUUUGAGGAACUCAAUCACCCCAGUACAGGCGUGCGAUAUGCGGCCGCGAAAGCUAUCGCUCGUCUGGCUGAGCGCCUUCCCACCUUAGAAAUGGUCCACGAUGUCUGUGGGGGGGUUUUAGACACGUUUUCUGAAUCGCUGUCAGACACGCUUUGGCAAGGAGGUUGCUUAACACUAGCGGAGCUUGCCAUGAGAGGAGUUAUGGAUGAAAACCAUAUGAGUCAGCUUAUCGAUGUUCUCUGUAGAUGUUUGGCGUACGAUCGCGUCAUUGGGACAAAGCCUGUUGGUGCAGCCGUUAGAGAUGCUGCAUGUUAUCUUGCUUGGGCAUUAGCGCGAGCAUAUAGCGCAGACUGUCUGCGGCCGUACUUACACGAGCUGUCUAAUUCCUUAAUAUUGGUUAUGUGUUUUGACCGGGAAGUAAAUUGUCGCAAAGCUGCUUCGGCUGCCUUCCAGGAGCAUGUGGGUCGUCAAGGCACAUUCAAAAAUGGUAUAUCCAUUGUGACGAAUGCUGAUUAUUUUGCGGUCGGGAAUCGUCAUAACAGUUUCUGUGUGGUGGCGCCGUACAUCGCUCAAUUUGAGGAGUAUCGAUUGCGGCUGCUUGGUCACCUGUUUAAUGAGAAACUCGUGCAUUGGGACCAGAAAAUAAGAGAAGUGUCGGCUGCCGCGGUUCGGAAUUUGGCAGCAUAUGAUCUUGAAUACCUACUGAUUGAUGCACUACCAGCUCUUAUUGACAGAUGCGGACUCAGCAACGACAUGGGGAAAAGGCAUGGGUGUCUCCUGGGCCUCGCAUCGACCAUGCCAGCGCUACGUGCGAUCGUAGAUGCUGAAUGCACCAAAGAAUGUGGUGAAACCGCCGCGCCGAAUCGCGUCGAUGGACUUCUGAGCCGUAUAGGAAAUUUGGUCAAAGUCUUGUCGAUGCCACAAGUAUCGUCUGGUAGGGUGUCCAACGUUAAUCUCAGGGUCGCCACUUGCACUCUGCUGGUAUGUAUAUGCUCGAACGGCAUUCCUAUCCCUGACCGCACAGUCGUGACAACGACUGACGUGCAAGUGAGCAUGGCUGAGGCGAUAGUGCGAAUCUGCUCGUCUAAUGCGGCGCAUCCCACCGAAAAGGUACAGAUGUCCGCUGCCGAGACAUUCGGCGCGUGGUGUGGCUCUCUCUGCAAUCAAUUCGAUCAGUACAGCACGAAGACGGAUACGGUCGGCUCUACGCAGUCACACCAAGCGCGCGACGCGUAUCUCAGCCAAGCAAACGAAAAUCGUAGACAUCGCUGUUUGGCUCGAUUAACUAUCGGCAGUUACUUAGAACAUCUGGCUACUUUCUCCAUCGGGGACAAGGCAGUAGAUAUGUCGGACAGUAGCACACAUAGAUGGGGAUAUCUAAGGUUGCUGGGGUCUGUUCCGCGCGGACUACUGCUCAAAGAUCAACAAUGCGUGGAUGCUGAAUGUGACGGAGUAAAGUGUGAACCGAGGUCUUUAUCGACUGAGGCGAUAAACUGCCUCCACAGACAUAGCUCAAAGCUGUACGAUGUAACAACCCGUGUAGUCGCUCUCAACAGUACUGAAUCGAUAUGCCGACAAAUCGGGUUCGAUUUCGAAACGGAUCGCACUGAGCACUCAGCCGGAGUUGCAUCUACGGAUACAGACCACAAAGGAUUUGAUACACGGAUAGCUAUUAUGUUAUGUGAUAUCUUGAGUCUGGCACUAUCAGACACCACCAUAGACCACCGUGGUGACGUCGGAAGCGAUGUGAGGUCCGCGGGAAUUUCGCUUGCGUGUACUGUUAUCCCACUGAUGGCGUCUGCGGAUUUGGCAGUCUGCAAAACUCAAACAUCCGCCGGCUCUGAGGAGGCAGAGAUUGCGUCGCCAAAGACACAGGUUCUUAGUGCGGAACAUUGUGGCAAUAUUAUUGGGCUGUUGCUAGAACAGGCGAUGAGUCGCAUUGAUCGGCUGCGAGAGAAGGCCGGACAAGUUCUUUCACAGAUUGUUUGGUGUGAUGAGCCUACGUUGGAUUGCAUUCCGCACCUCAGCUCAUUACGCGAGAUCCUGGGCUCAGACGGCGUCAAGAAAGAAUUCAAUUGGGGAUCCUUACAGGAAACUCUGCCAGCCCUGUUACACACGCUGACCAUCCCGGACUAUCGACCCUACGCAAUUCGAGCGCUGGUGCUAUGUAUAGGGGCCGGGAACGAAUCGACUGUAUGUGUCGCUCAGGACGCUCUGGACUCCUAUUGUCUGACCUCUACUGCCAACGAACUCUGCGACAUAGUAGAAGCGGUGUGUUCUAGUUUCAGCCCAGGUGGCACAGAUUCCAGUAGAUUGACUAGGCCGGGCCUAGAAACGCUUUCAUGUCUACUGAGCACGGCUGUACCGAUCCUAACUGCGGCGGCAAUAGGAAGGGAACAGCAAACAUUUGACACAGUCCUCAAUUCCUUAAAGCAUCACAUGAAAACAACCAACGUGAAGAAGCUUACGGCUGUAUCGAACGCCCUGUGUCAAUUAAUACCAGUCAAAUCAAUUCAGAAACAGGUUCUGAAGCUCCUGUCGGUUCUGCUGGGGCAUCGGUUUGAUCAUGUCAGAGUCAUGGCGGUGGAUCAACUAAAUUUAGCACUGCUAACAUACGAGGACGACUUGGACAUGCCCGUCGAUGAGGCGUUGUGCUUGCUAGACGAGCUGCGGUACGUCCCCACUGCUUGCUGA